GCAUAGGGAAGGGAGGAUGCCAGAGUGGAAAGCAGCAGAAAGAAUUGAACGAAGGAAGUGAGAGGGCAGGAGAGAGUGCAGGCAUCGACGCGCGAGAGAGGGAGAGAGAGAGAAAAAGAGAGCUGCGCUGCAGUAGCAUCCCACAACAGACGGCUGAGGACUGUCGGUGUGUGUGUGUGACUGCACUGCUGAAGAGGAGGAGGAGGAGGAGGAGGAGGCAGAGGGUGAGCACGCUUGCAGACUCUGCAGGGCCAUAGAGGAACGCAGAGGAGCGCUAGUGCUGGCCCGCGCCAGGUAGAAGACCCAGCGGUGUCCCUCCACGGAGCGCCGCCGUAAAGAUCUGGACACGCCAACGCCGCCCAGACCCCGACCACCAACGCCAUGGCACAAGCGGCCAAGCAUCUCCGCAAGAACAAGGAUUUAGAGGCGCAACUAGAGGCGGAGCGCAAAGAGAAGGAGGAGGAGAGGGUCAAAAAGAGGAGUCGCUCGCGGGAUAAAAAGCGCAAGGCCCACGCCGUGCAUCGCUGGCUAAUCGAUCAGGACAGUAGUGUGAGCUCUGAGAUGCCGGAUGGCCAAGGAGUAUGGCACUAUGAUGAUGAAGCGGAUGCUGGCAACAGUUUUCUCCGGGCAGCCCGUUCUGGCAACCUGGACAAGGCCCUGGAACAUAUCAAAAAUGGCAUUGACAUAAAUACAGCCAAUCAGAAUGGCCUCAACGGGCUGCAUCUGGCCUCCAAAGAAGGCCACGUUAAAAUGGUGCUGGAGCUUCUUCACAAUGGGAUCGUGCUGGAGACCACCACAAAGAAAGGGAACACAGCCUUGCACAUCGCAGCCCUGGCAGGGCAGGAACAGGUGGUCAUAGAGCUGGUUAACUACGGGGCCAAUGUCAACGCUCAGUCCCAGAAGGGUUUCACUCCACUCUACAUGGCUGCACAAGAAAACCAUCUAGAGGUUGUGAAGUUUCUUCUGGAGAACGGAGCCAAUCAGAGCAUUCCAACUGAGGACGGAUUCACACCUCUCGCCGUGGCUCUUCAGCAGGGGCACGAAAACGUCGUAGCCCUGCUCAUCAACUAUGGCACCAAGGGAAAGGUCCGCCUCCCCGCGCUGCACAUUGCGGCGCGCAAUGACGACACACGCACAGCCGCAGUGCUUUUACAGAACGACCCGAAUCCCGAUGUUCUGAGCAAGACUGGAUUCACACCCCUCCACAUCGCUGCACACUAUGAAAACUUGAACGUCGCUCAACUGCUGCUCAAUAGAGGAGCCAAUGUCAACUUCACCCCAAAGAACGGCAUCACUCCUCUGCACAUUGCAUCCAGACGAGGGAACGUCAUCAUGGUCCGGCUGCUGUUGGACAGAGGGGCACAAAUUGAUGCCAAGACUAAGGAUGAGUUGACUCCUCUGCACUGCGCAGCCAGAAAUGGUCACGUUAGGAUAAUAGAAAUCUUGCUGGACCACGGAGCCCCCAUCCAGGCAAAGACCAAGAACGGUCUGUCUCCAAUCCACAUGGCAGCACAGGGGGACCACGUGGACUGUGUCAAGCAGCUUCUGCAGUACAAUGCAGAGAUUGAUGACAUUACACUGGACCACCUGACCCCUCUGCAUGUGGCUGCACACUGCGGCCACCACCGCAUGGCUAAAGUCCUUCUGGAUAAGGGAGCCAAACCCAACUCUCGGGCUCUGAACGGCUUCACUCCUUUACAUAUCGCCUGUAAAAAGAACCACAUGCGUGUGAUGGAUCUGCUGCUCAAACAGUCCGCGUCCUUAGAGGCUGUAACUGAGUCUGGCCUGACCCCAUUGCAUGUGGCGUCAUUCAUGGGUCACCUCAACAUUGUGAAGAUACUACUGCAAAAAGGAGCUUCUCCCAGCGCCUCCAACGUCAAAGUGGAGACUCCGCUUCAUAUGGCAUCUCGGGCGGGACACUACGAGGUGGCAGAGUUUUUAUUGCAGAACGCAGCACCGGUGGAUGCCAAGGCCAAGGAUGACCAAACACCCCUGCAUUGUGCUGCUCGCAUGGGACACAAAGAGCUAGUAAAGCUUCUGCUGGAGCACAAAGCCAACCCCAACUCCACCACCACUGCAGGACACACGCCCCUUCACAUCGCUGCCCGAGAAGGUCAUGUUCAAACUGUGCGCAUCCUCCUGGACAUGGAGGCUCAGCAGACCAAGAUGACGAAGAAAGGCUUCACUCCGCUCCAUGUGGCCUCCAAGUACGGUAAAGUGGACGUAGCAGAGCUGUUGCUGGAGAGAGGAGCCAACCCCAAUGCAGCUGGGAAGAAUGGGCUGACUCCGCUGCACGUCGCUGUACAUCACAACAACCUGGAUGUGGUUAACUUACUUGUCAGUAAGGGAGGAUCACCACAUAGCGCAGCCAGGAACGGCUACACUGCCCUCCACAUAGCAUCGAAGCAGAACCAGGUGGAGGUGGCGAACAGCCUGCUGCAGUACGGAGCGUCGGCCAACGCUGAGUCACUGCAGGGAGUCACACCUCUCCAUUUGGCCUCACAGGAAGGAAGGCCCGACAUGGUCUCCCUGCUCAUCUCCAAGCAGGCCAACGUCAACUUGGGCAACAAGAGUGGAUUAACCCCGCUCCACCUGGUGGCACAGGAGGGACAUGUUGGUAUUGCAGAUAUCCUGGUGAAGCAAGGAGCCUCGGUUUAUGCUGCCACACGCAUGGGCUACACCCCUCUUCACGUAGCGUGUCACUAUGGCAACAUCAAGAUGGUGAAGUUCCUGCUGCAGCAGCAGGCCAAUGUCAACAGCAAAACAAGGCUCGGCUACACUCCUCUGCACCAGGCGGCCCAGCAGGGACACACGGACAUCGUGACGCUGCUGCUGAAGCACGGCGCCCAGCCCAACGAGAUCACCACGCACGGCACGUCAGCCCUUUCCAUCGCUAAGAGGUUGGGUUACAUCUCUGUGAUUGACGUCCUGAAGCUUGUCACAGAGGAGACUGUCUCCAUGACAACAACAGAGAAACAUCGUAUGAGUUUCCCAGAAACAGUGGAUGAGAUACUCGAUGUGUCCGAGGAUGAAGGAAUUGCACAGCUAACAUUAGGAGAGGAGCUCUUGGGGACAGAAGGGGCCAGGUACAUGAAGAUGGAUGACAUGAAAGACCAUGAUGACGAUUUCCUCUCCCCCAAGAAAUCACUGGAGUACGAGAGAGGGCUGGGCACAGCAAAUUACUCGCCAGCCAUUCCCAGGAUCCCCCGUGUUUCCCCAGAGACCGUUAUCCUGAAGGAACACGAGAUCGAUCAGCAACACACUCCGCUCCCACUGCCCAAAGAAUAUGACGAGGACUCCCUGAUUCCCAGCAGCCCAGCCACAGAGACGUCGGACAACGUCAGCCCGGUGGCCAGUCCCAUACACACAGGUUUCCUGGUCAGUUUCAUGGUGGAUGCCCGAGGCGGUUCAAUGCGAGGCAGCAGGCAUAAUGGUCUGCGUGUCAUCAUACCUCCGCGGACGUGUGCGGCACCCACCCGUAUUACCUGCCGCCUGGUGAAGCCGCAGAAGCUGACCAGCCCCCCUCCGCUGGUGGAGGGAGAGGGGCUGGCCAGCCGGAUCAUCUCCCUGGGCCCCGCAGGCAUGCAGUUCCUGGGACCGGUCAUUGUGGAGAUCCCCCACUUUGCCGCUCUGGGUCGAGGCGACCGCGAGCUGGUCGUGCUGAGGAGCGAGAACGGCUCAGUCUGGAAAGAACACCGCAAUCGCUAUGGCGACGAAGUGUUGGAAACGAUCCUCAACGGGAUGGACGAGGACCUAGAAAGUCAAGAGGAACUCGGGAAGAAACGAAUCCGCCGCAUCAUCUCCACCGACUUCCCUCUUUACUUCGCUGUCGUAUCGCGCGUCCAGCAGGAGAGCGACCUGAUUGGUCCAGAAGGAGGUUCGCUCACCAGCAAACUGGUGCCGAUGGUCCAGGCCACGUUCCCUGAGACGGCAGUCACCAAACGGGUUCGCCUGGGGCUGCAGGCUCAGCCAGUUCCAGACGAGCUGGUUGCAAAGCUGCUGGGUAACCAGGCAAACUUUAGCCCCGUGGUCACUGUGGAGCCCCGGCGGCGCAAGUUCCACCGGCCCAUCGGACUGCGCAUCCCGCUGCCCCCGUCCUGGAGGGACAGUCCCCGGGACUCCGGGGAGGGCGACACCACCAGCCUGCGUCUGCUCUGCUCUGUCAUAGGUGGGACGGCCCCAGCUCAGUGGGAGGACAUCACUGGCACCACCAAGCUCCUCUACGCCAAUGACUGCGCCAGUUUCACAACCAACGUUUCAGCACGAUUCUGGCUUGCCGACUGUCCUCGGACGGCUGAGGCCGUGUCCUUUGCCAACCUGCUGUACAGAGAGCUGUCAGCCGUACCCUACAUGGCCAAAUUUGUGGUGUUCGCCAAGAUGAACGAGCUCCGCGAGGGCCGCCUGCGCUGCUACUGCAUGACCGACGACAAGAUGGACAAAACUCUGGAGCAACAUGAGAACUUCACAGAGGUCGCUCGCAGCAGAGACAUAGAGGUGAUGGAGGGAAUGCCGCUUCACCUGGAGUGUUCAGGGAAUCUGGUCCCUGUGAGGAAGGCCGCCCAGCAGCCUCGCUGCUUCAGCUUCCAGGCCUUCAGGGACAACCGUCUUCCUGUUUCUGUCAAGGUGAGAGACAGCAGUAAAGAGCCCACUGGAUUUCUGUCUUUCCUGCGUAAGACCACCAAGUAUGAGGACAGUCAGCACGUCCUCUGCAACCUCAACAUCACCAUGCCCCCAUGCAUCAAGAUUAUCGGGAGUGAAGAUCGGAGGCGAACUCUGACCCCACUGGCAUUAAGAGAAAGAUACAGCGCUCUGAAUGAGCCUGCUAUGGCUUCCAUGACGGCCAUGGAGCGGACAGAGCUGAAGAUGGCCGUGAUCGCAGAGCAGCUGGGCCUGAGCUGGGCUGAGUUGGCGCGCGAGCUUCAGCUCAGUGUGGACGACAUCAACAAGAUCCGCGUGGAGAAUCCCAACUCGCUGCUGGAGCAGAGCUCGGCGCUGCUCAACCUGUGGGCCACUCGAGAAGGCAAGAGGGCCAAGAUGGAGACCUUGUACACGGCUCUGAAAAGCAUCGACCGGAUGGACAUCAUCAACAUGCUGGAGGGUCAGCCGGCUCAGCCCGCAAGGCAAGGCUCCCGCGACAUGAGCAGACGCCGGCACAACGAGAGAGACCACCUUUCCCCCGGUAUUACCAAUGGUUAUGGGCUCGCGCAGGAAGAGCUUCUUUCACCGGCCUCCAUGCAGUACAGCCUGCCCUCUCCGCUGGGCGCUGAGCCUUACUGGCAAGAGGUCUCCAGUCUGGACUGUGCUCCCAUUGCCACCACAGAAGAAGACACCCUGAUGGAGAUGUCGGACGUGCAGGUGUGGCCCUCGGGCAACAGCCCCUCCCUGGUGCCGGUGGAGGACUCGUCGCUGGAGUGCAGCAAUGCCGAUGACUCAGAGGGUCUGCUGGGGCUGCCCUACGGAAGUCUGGGUCGGCCGGCGAGUCAGGCCAGUGCAGCCAGCGGAGGGGGCGGGGUGCUGAGUGGCUCCAUUGAGCUGCCCGAAGACGAUUCAGAGAUGGGCGUUGACUCAAUCAGCACGACCACGCCGGCCUCGCUCGGGGGUACCAUCGCUGGGAUCAAUCUUAAUGGGCUGAACAAUGGUCAGGGGUCAGAGGCAAGUUCGGAGGCAUCAGCCGUCACGAGUACGACUGGUGGUGAUGGAGCUGGAGGAGGAGGUGGUGGAAGAGAAGGCGGGACGGGCUCAGUGGACGGGCUUUCUCUUGUUGCAGGACAGCAAAGGGUGUACGCUCGCUUGAGUGAGUCACCUGGUCUGAGCUGUGUUGCUGAUCGCAAUGGAGAUAGGUCAGGUAAUGGUGGCAACGGAGGAGGUGGAGGCUCUUUCCUUUCCUACCUGCAGGAACAGACGGGACCGGGGUGGAUCCCUGUCACCGACCCUACCCAGGCCUGGGUGGGAAACCAACCCAAACCCAGGCAAGCCAUGGAAACAAUGAUGUCGUCAGUGCGUAACGCCGUGGACGUGGACCCAUCCUGCGUGUCCCCGGAGGCCUUGCUCCAGCCUGUGAGGGACAUGGGGCACUCUGAGAUCUUGCGGGGGCACUUCAGGGGCACCCAGCCAUUUGAGAAGGGCCUCGGCUUUCCGCACAGGGUUCCAGAACUAAGGGCUUGGGACGACGUCCGCCUGAAGGGUCAGGGUGAUGAGGCUGAAGAUCUUCCCGGAGAACAAGUGAGCGAGGAGCAGUUCACAGAUGAACAUGGAAACAUUGUCACAAAAAAGAUUGUGCGUAAGGUUGUGCGUAGAGGGAAGGGUUCAGGUGAGGAGGGGGUUCAGGACGUGAGCGUGGAGGGGUCUCUGCAGGACGCCAACGAGCUGGAGAUCGAUGCCGAGCAGUUCAUGAGCUACGCCGUCUUGGGUCGGGACAGCACCAAGCCCGAUACUAUGGAUGUGAAGAAAGGUGCUCAGAUAGUGAAAUGUGCCAGUCUGCGGAGAGUUAAGCAGUGAGGCAGACUGAGAGCUGCGUUCCCGCAGAGCUCUCCACAGGAUUCAACCCCCUCACCUAAACCAUCCUACAUGGACACAUGACCAGCAGCAGCUGACAGGAAGAAGCCCACACACAAAAGGCAGACAGAUGAUCUAAAUUGAAUGGCAACAGACACCGACUCAAUGACAACACCAGUGGCUAUGCCAAUUCUCAGCAAGCAGAAGAAGAAAAAGGAUACGGAUUUACUUAUAGUUUUUAUUAUCUUUUUUUUUUUCUAAAGGAACCGUGGGGGGAAAAAAAAAUCUACUACUCGGCUAGAAGCAUGAUUUUGUAUAAAAGAAAAAUCAAACCCAAAAAAAACUAGCAACCAAAAUGUGCUUCCUGUUAUCUGUAUCAGCAUGAGUGACUGCUGCCGCAUGGCCUGUCUUUAACUACAAAUACUGAGGGGGGGGACACAGGGGCGGGUAGAAAGGGUGGGGUGGGGUGGGGAGGAGACACUUCUCUGAGGGACAGGCAUGCAUUAUAAGCUAUGGUCAAACCACCGGCUCAUUUUAUGAACCAACAGGGAGAGGUUUAUCCGUCAGUCGUAAGAAAAAGAGAAAAUAAAAUACUCGCAGUGAUGUACGCUCUAGGCAACAGGUUAUUCUCCCUCCUCCAUGCCAAACUCUUCCUGCUAAGAGCAUCACGAGCUAGUCUGAAACCUGUCCCAGUGCUCUCCAAGUCCAGUAAAGACACAAUUAUUACCGGGCGAUAUCAGUGUUGUACAUAAUAUUGUAUGCACUAAAAUGCUCUACGUGACUGUGCGUUACGUGUGUUGUUUCUGUCAUAAGAUCCCUAUGCGAUGCCACUGAUGCUGCUGUUUCAGGUACAUGAGAAGUCCCUCCUGUUUUCUCUUGUUUCCUUCAUUUGGUCAGAACCUAUAUAUUAUUCUAUAUAUCUUGAAAUCUUUGUGGGUAGAAGAACAUACAGAUGUUGUGUCGCUCUGCCUGUUUUAAACAUUGGAUUUACGUGCGUCCGGCCGUUUGUUUCUUUGUGCUCUUCUCGUGCUUUCAUCUUUUUGCUUUCUCGACAUGUCAAACUGUAGAGGGAGGGCGUACUGCGAGUCCCUCGCUGUAUUUUGGGUGUCUGCGCUUUGGGAAGCAGGUUUUUACGCGGUGAACCUGCCUCCCUGACCUUCUCUCAGAGGGGAUCGCUGUGUAGAGAGAGCGACAAAGAGAUUAACUAUGAGACAACGACCUGCUCUACCAUCCCACUCCUCUGCCUUCUCUUGUCCGCGCUCCGCCGUGUCCUUCUGAGAUCUGUGUCAAUAAGAUGUCUGUCUGAACCGAACUCCUGAUACCUCUCCUCACCCUCAGCCUUUCCCUCAUCAGCGCCCCGUCCGCCUGCCAUUCAGUCGCCGCCUGCAGUCAGUCUCUCAGAGUAGAUGUAGCAGUUCUGUCCGCCCCAGCUGGAGGCAGGAUCCCACCUUCAGCACUGAGCUGUCUGUUUGACCUCUUCAUAUAUGGUACCCCACACCAGGUGCACUUAUAGGCCAUCUCACCACCACCAGAAGAUGUCACUUAACGAGGGCGAAGCAGCUGAAACGCUGGAAAUAAUGUAGCACUGGGUUGAUUAGGUAAAGAUAGAGAGAGGAAUUUUUGUCGUGUCCAGGGUCGAGGACGUGUUGAGCUUGGAUGUUUGUCUUCUUGGCGGUUCUUUGGAGUGUAGCAAAGACAGUCAGUCACCAAUCACUGUGAAGAGAAACUGUAAUACUGACCCGUAACUGUGAGCCUGACCCUUCCCGAAGCACGUCUGUUUGUUUCACUCCUUUCUUUAAGUGUAACGUCUUUCUUUCUAUUGUUUUUCUGUCUUAACUAUACUUCAGAAUAAGCAAUAACUGCUUACAAAAGGAAAGGAUUGUUUGUGUGUGUGAGUGAGUGAGUGAGUGUGAUUGAAAGAGGGAGGAUUUAAGGAUCAUAGUUUAAGUUCUUCCUGAGUAUUUGUAGGUCGCAGCUUUAGAGUACACGUUACUCUGCUCAGAAAUGAUGUCAGCUCAUCAGUGUCUCGCGUUUGAUCACUUUUGCCUGGCUAACAGCGAAGACCAUAUGUACCUUGGUAUGACACCGCACCGGUCGUCCCAUCUGAAAAGUGCCCCGUGAUUGUUUUUUGUGUUUCUCAUCUGGGAAUGUAAGUGUGUGCAGCCAGUGUCUAGAACUGAAAUCACAUUCAUUUGCACCUUGAAAGAAAUCCUGUUGUGCGUGUGUAUGUGUGUGUGUGUGUGUGUGUGCGUGAGUUAUUCAGUCCUGGAUAUUGGGACUUGUCAAAGUUGUGAUAAUAUCACAGGAGGUAAUAAUGCAAAUGGACAAAGAUUAUGUCUAAUUCUGAAUCACCUAUUUUAAGAGUUGAUUUACCUCAAUAAGUGUGCCAUCUCACAUGAUAUUAAUUACUUAUAUGCAUUUCUUUCAAAUGUUGCAUCAGACAUUGACGGCUUUAAUGUAGAGAAAAACUGUAUGUAAGUCACACAAAAUGUUGCAAUAAGCACCCAUCAAUAAGUGUUUAGUAUGGCUCCACAGCCAGAGAUGAUGAAUGUAAAGUCUAGGUAUACUGUGAGUCUUGUUAUGAAGUAGUCAUCCGUGUUGACUCUGUACUUCAGUAGAUAAUAAGGUAUUCACUCUGUCGUUUCAACUCAGUAUCUGCUGUUGAUGAUCAUACAUGUGACUUAAUUCUCAUUUCAUCACUAACAUACACAGAGGAGCGUUUUAAUGGGUGAAGAAGCCUCAAUUUCAUUUUCGACAUUUUAGCAAACGUCACUUCAUCAGAUAUUAUUGCUGUUCUAUUAAUGUGUUUAAUAACCACAGAGAAGUUAGAUGUCAAUAUAAAAUCACAAAGCAGUGUGAAGUAGGACCCCUUACAUCACAGCAUACAGUUCGCUGUUUCAGAGAGCGCACUAUCGUAUGCUUGGGUUGGUUUUUUUGGAGCAGUGGGGGUGUUUAAAAAUCCACUGCUGAUUUCAAGGUUAUAACAGGGGGGAGGAAGGGAAAACAUAUGAAGGAGCACUUUGAAGUUAGACAGAAAUAUAGGGAAGCUUGGUGGCUUUGAUGGCUAGUCUUACAAGAUGACAAGCAUUUUUCCUCAACACAGCUCGCCCCCGAUCUUUUUCUGCCCUCUUACCAAAUAUGAGACUGAGCCGAUUCUCAGGCUUCCACACGGUGACAGUUCGCUCGCAGUGAGAAAAGAGUCCAACCAAGUGCAAAGCAGAGGGAGGAAGCUGUUUACAGCAGAUAAGCACUGGAAGGCCCUGCACUGAGGGAACUACUGAGACGAUGCCAUGCACCAAGUUCAUGCAAAAAUAUUAACUGUUGCAAAAACUAGAGAACACAUGUAUAUUCCUUUAGAAUGGAUUGAAGACAUUAUUAACGCAAUAGCAUAUUACUCAAUACUAAGGAAUGCAACUGCGCACAUGCACAGAAAAAUGUUUUUAACAUAAAAAAGGCUAUAUAUAUAUAUGAGAUAUAUGAAAAUAUAUAUAUAAAUAUAUAUAUUUACUUAGAAUGCUAUGCACCCUUACUUGUCAACUGGGAUUCUAGUUAUGUUAUGGAUGUACUUUUAGCAUCAUACAGCUGUAGCUACCAAGAGACUGUUGAGUUCUGGGUAAUGCCUGCAACCUGGGGAUAAAUAGGGGUCUUGUGGGUAUUUUAACUUGUUUUUGUUUGCUUUUUUAUUGUUAUGGAGAGUCAAACAUGGGUUUAAAAUAUACAUGUAAAAGCCUUUUAAUCCAAUCAAAUCCGAGGACAUCUAUUGACAAUUUACUCUGUACACCAGCUCAACAUUUACAAAAUUAAUAAAGAAAUGAAAUGUC